GCACUCGAGAGGCGGGACCUUGGCAGCUGGUUCCUGCUGCUUCUCCAUAGCGCAGCUCAGCUCGCAGCUCUGUGGUCCAGGGCCCAGUCUCUGUCUGACCGGCCGCUGCUGCUCUGCGGGAGUCAAGCGCACCUCCUCCUCCCGCUGCCGCGCACCUAUCACAGUCCCUAAGCGCAUUGCCGCGCGCUCCUCCCACUUGCAAAUGCCAGUCCAGCUUGCGGCUGCCCUGGCCUGGACAGAGCCUGCGGGCCGCCUGCGUCCCCUGCCCUGUCCCUUCUCAGCUCCAGCCGGACGACGUUAUUUCUGAGAGACACAAUCAUCACUUUUGGUAGACGAACCAAGUCCAAAAGGUAGUUUCAGAAGGUAGGGUGGAACCUUGUUCACCCACUUCUCUUCAAAAGGAAUUUAUUUCCUCUUGGUUUCUACCCGGUGGCUUAGCCCUCUGGACGGACCUGAGCUUUUACCUGGCAAAGAUGGCCCACACAAAGACAAGACUAGUUUAUGCUUCCAUUCUCAUGAUGGGCGCACUCUGCUUGUACUUCAGCGUGGAGAGUUCUUUCAAAGAACUCCCAUUUGUUUUCAAGAAAAGUCACGGGAAGUUUCUUCAGCUUCCAGAUAUAGACUGCAAGCAGAAGCCGCCUUUCCUCGUGCUGCUGGUGACGUCAUCCCACAAGCAGAUAGCUGCUCGUAUGGCCAUCCGCAAGACGUGGGGUAGAGAGUCAUCAGUGCAGGGCCAACAGGUGAGGACCUUCUUCCUUCUGGGGUCCUCAGAGAGCACUGAGGACAUGGAUGCCAUUGUCCUGGAGAGCGAGCAGCACCGUGACAUCAUCCAGAAGGAUUUCAAGGACGCCUAUUUCAACUUGACCCUGAAGACCAUGAUGGGUAUGGAAUGGGUCUACCACUUUUGUCCUCAGACAGCUUUUGUGAUGAAAACAGACUCGGACAUGUUUGUGAAUGUUGGCUAUCUGACCGAACUGCUGCUAAAGAAAAACAAAACAACCGGGUUCUUCACAGGCUACAUAAAGCCCCACGACUUUCCCAUCAGGCAGAAGUUCAACAAGUGGUUUGUUAGUAAGUUUGAGUAUCCCUGGGACAGGUACCCGCCAUUUUGCUCUGGUACUGGUUACGUCUUUUCCAGCGACGUCGCCAUCCAAGUGUACAAUGUGUCAGAGAGUGUUCCGUUCAUCAAGCUGGAGGAUGUGUUUGUUGGGCUCUGCCUGGCCAAGCUGAAGAUCCGGCCUGAGGAGCUGCACACCAAACAGACCUUCUUCCCCGGUGGUUUACGCUUCUCUGUGUGCCGCUUUCAGAAAAUUGUGGCGUGCCAUUUUAUGAAGCCCCAGGACCUGCUCACUUACUGGCAGGCACUGGAGAGCUCGAAAGAAGAGGACUGUCCUGCUGUCUGAGGGGAGCCUGGUGGUGCCUAGGACAAACUUCUGAUAACCUUUGGUGAUGAUUUGGGAAGAUCUGGGAUGGUCUUGCUGGGAACUGUCUGGGGUAGAGAGAGGAUGAGGAGGUGCCACACGAGAAAGGAUAUCCACAAAAGUGGGAACGACUUAUUCCCACUCGGCUCCCAGAGCAAUAACAGAUCUUAGUUUUUCAGGCCUUUGCAGUACACCCCUCAUCCACUCGUUUUAGGGCUCAGCAUACAUAUGAAGAAGCCCUGGAUGUGGUCAUCCCCAUUUGGUAGCUUAAGAACCAGCAGCCAGGGUCACUUACUCGUUCAAAGACUCACAGCCUGUAGACGGAGUGAGAAUGAGAAUCAAGUGGUAUCAGGAUUCAGUUGGUGGUCCCCAACUGGGUGUCCCAUACCUUGGGAGAAGGUGGUGGUGGGAGAAAUUGUGGGGGGAGUCUUACAGCUAAGUAGCAUCCUUCAGUCCUUUUCCGGAGGCCCCUGCCCCUCACUUUCCAAUCCCUUGUACUUUUUGAAUGUUAAAACUGAGAUGAACCAGCUUUCUCAGGCCUUGCCCCUUGCUCGAAUGAUGUAGCUGGGCACUGAGUUAAUAUAGAUUAACCACUUGAUAACUAAAGUGUCCUCAGUGUGAUCCCAGGAGACAUGCAUGACUGUAGUCACUGUAACUCACUUCCAUGCUAGAAGGAAGCUGGCUUAUAGAACCAUGAAAGUCAGGCUGAGAAGCCCCUGCUGAGUCUUACUAUAUAGAAUGACCACACUGCUGACAUCCCAGUGAGGGAGAUGUCUCCACUGAGCCGACUCUGAUAUGGAUGUACUAUUAGUGACCAUUUGCAGCCCUGGGGCGCUUCAGACCUCUAAGUUCAAACUCAAGGGCAGCCAGGUACAGACAUUGUUUGGGUAUCCAGGAGUUUUCCUGGGCCCUGGGCUAGGUCUAAGCUCCUGAGAUACAGAGCAAGGAAGGAGGCCCAGUCUAGGGGCUUUUCCUGCAUCUAUGGUCCUUCUUGACCUUGUUUCUUCACCCUGAAUUUAUCAUGUAGUCAUAGACAUGCCGAGUGUUGCCAUUUGGAAUUUAACUUUCUGUUCCCAGCUAGGUGUUCCCACCUCUGAAGGUUUUCAGAGCUGUGUAAAAAACAGGGAUCUUUUGGCCAUUCAGGCAGUCACCAGACAUGUAAUCUUGCUCUGUGUCACAGGAAUUACUGCUUUCCCACAGCUCUUUACUUUUCUAGAUUUUACUGUGUGAUUGGAGCAAAGGCUUCAUGUGGUUAUGUAGUCAUACAUGUUGGAAUGUGCUCUCACCUGAAUUCAGGAAAACUUAACUGUCGGAACACCGUUAGGUGGGAGGAAGCUGGAAGCUGCCUCCAGGGCCUCAUUUCCACACUUGUUCCUGUCUCUUCUAUGAAUCUCUUUCUCAAGUUUUGAGGAAAAUUCUUCUGUCUGUGACAUUCUUUAAAAUCAUGCAACACCAAGUUCUGGACCCUUAUUGAGAAUAUGUGAAAUUCUGAACCAGGUAAAGAGAAAGGGUAUUUGUUCCGGGGUGUGUACUAUGGACUACAUACACGAUCAAAACCAAACCCAACCACAUCUUUGAGAGAGGGGAAAGCCAAAGCUUGUAACUAUGUGGUGGUGUUGCUGUCUAGAGGAUGGGAGAGCUGGCAUCAGCACCUGGCACCAGCUGCCAUGCACCGACCUUCCUUUUAUUAGCCAUAUUGCUCUUUGCAUCCAUCAUGAACAAGGUCAAGGUUAGGUCUGCAGACAGCAGAUUGAAGUGAGCAUUUAGUGCUGAGAAGACAGUUAGUUGGGCAUAGGUUCUUCUAGUAUAUGCACAGCGUUCUGGAUCCUAAGCAGAUGUGAUCACCUGUGUCCACACUUGCUGUUGCAUUGAAGAUGCCACUGUCUUUUGCAAGUGGGCAUUCUUUAUUCUUACAACCACACUGGUUGUCAGCAGAGGCAGCUGAUGUGACUCAGUGACUCACCCAGCGGCUGAGAUGUGGCACAGACACAGCACUCAGCCUUCUCCAUUGGUGCACCACCGCCUUUCCCAUGUGCUUGUCUCUCUCAGAAGCUUGGAGCUGGUGUUACCCCAGGAGUCACCAGCAUCUCGUUUUGCCUGCACCUCUGUUGCUGCCACCUCUGUUCUGGGUGUUGUCUUGAGUGUUGGUCUACUCUUCCUGGUUCUGCUUGUCUUCCUGUGACUUGGCCCUGGGGCUAUCCGUGGAAUUCUCACACCCUGACCUCCCCAUCUAGACAGCCUUACCAUGAGGUCAUGUGUGGCCAAGUCUGGCAUAUUGAGUUCAGUCCUUGAGACCCAUGUGGUAGAAGGAGAGAAUUAAUCGUUACAAGCCCACUGUGGCACAUAGGUGCCUGCACACAUGUGCAUGCAAAGAUAUAAUGAGUAACAUGUAAACAAAAUAAUUUUUGGCAAGACUUCUUCAAACACUGACCUCUGAGACUCUUUUCUAAUUUUCUGUGUUGCUCUCCACGAUGCAAAUCCCUGUGUGGGAACACUGGCACAGGUGUGCGAACACCGUUACAGGUGUGUGGACACUGGUACAGCUGUAGUAGGAAAAAAACCCUCUUGGGAUUAUUUGCAAAAAUACUUUCGUUUGGUUGGGAAUUCAAUAGAAAAAUUUGUUGGGGGCUUGCCCCAGGUCUGCCUACUACCCCACCUGUUAAUCUAACUCCCAGGAUAAGACCCUCAGAGCUGACCUGGCCUUAGAUUGUUCCUGGAGGUGAAGGGUGAAACCAUCCAAGCUCAGAGUUGAGAAGGGCUAUGUGAACCUGACACAAGCAAGUUAGAAUGAAACAUAAUAAAAAUAGCAAAAGGUUUUAAGUCCAUUAAAAGUAGCAAUUUCUAAUUACCAGGUAUAACACUUUUAAAUAUGAAUAGAAAAUGGAUUUUGUGGCCAAAUGUCAUAUACCUGCUUUUUCUGUGAUAUUGUUUUGUGGUUUUUGGUGCUGGGGAUGGAGCCUUACUGUGUAUCAGGGCUCCCCUACUGUGCCUCUCCAGCCCCUGUUGAGUUGUUUUGCACCAUGCAUUUUACUACCUCCUUUAGCGGGUCUGGUGCCUGCAGCCUGGUGCCUGCAGUUCACAUGCUGUGCUGGGUAGUUUUAACUGUUAUCUCUGGAAGAGAGUUUUAAUGAGAAAUUAUUUCUCCACUAUUAGUUGAUGUAGGAAGACUCAGUCCAUUGUGGGUGACACUAUUCCCUAGGCAGGGUGUACUAACUGGUGUGAGAGGAGAAAGCCAGCGGAGGGCAAGCAAGGAUCUGUGUUUACCUCUCUGUUGGGACUGUGGUUUGCCCGCCCAUCUGCUUCAUGUUCUGCCUUGACUUCCCUGCAAUAACACAGCGCAACCUGGACUUGUGAGCCAAAUAAACCCCAUCUUCUCCAAGUUGAUUUUGUCACAGUAACAGAUGAAGCUAAACCAGAUGCUCAGGGUGAUAGCUGCAUGGGAUCAGACCCUUCUCACAUUACCCUGCCCUGGAUGUCAUCCAUUACCACCCCUCUGUACCACACAGAGGGGACCCCAGAAGCUGCUUAAGGUCUCCUUCAGGGAACUAUCAGAGGGGGAGAUAACACAUAAAAAAUGCCUUCCAUAACUGCAAACGACUUAUCUGCAGCUGCAGACACUUUGAGGUCAAAUGUGAUUUCCUAAAGGAUAAAAAAAUUAAAUGUCUAUGUCAUUGAAUGGAGUUUGGAAUUGUCAUUUGCCUGUAUGUGGAGGAGAUUCUACAGGCUCUGAUAUUGUAUUUUGGGAGCAGGUGUAUGUAUUUAUGAUUUGUUAAUGAUACUUAUCUUUAAUAAAAAUUAAGUUAUAAGCAGCAU